AUGGAGCUUUAUGGAUUGGGGACGUGGAACACCACUUCUGAUGAUUGCUGUCAGUGGCGACUAGUCGAGUACGUCUCUGAAAAUAAUAUACAUGGUGAAAUCCCGGGAGUUAAGUUUGCCAAUUUAAGUAACCUUGUAUCACUUGAUAUGCAAGGAAAUAGUUUCAACGACUCCAUUCCUCCCUCUUUGUUUUCUUUAAGGCAUCUGGAGGAACUCGACAUGAGUUAUAAUUUGAUUGAAGGGACAUUAGGCACCAACUUGGGAAAUCUUUCCAACUUGAAGCGGCUCUACUUGGAUAAUAACUCAAUCCAUGGAGAGAUUCCAACACAGAUUGGAAAUCUCACUAAUUUGCAUUGGCUUUCACUAUCCAAUAACAAAAUUUCUGAAGCAAUUCCACCAUCACUUUCACAUUGGAAAUGGUUAACGCUUUUGGAUUUGGGACAAAAUUUUCUCACCAUGGAGUUACCAACUGAGAUUGGCAACCUCUCCAAGAUAGAAACUCUGUUAUUAAAUAACAACUAUUUGUCUGGACAGAUCCCUCUGUCAAUUCGAAGGAUGGAACAAUUAGUAUGCCUUGACUUAAGAGAUAAUUUGUUAUCUGGUGAGAUCCCAACAUGGUUGUUCGAUUUCAACACACUUUCACAAUUGAAUCUUGGGGGCCAAUUCCCAUUUGGAUUUCCAACCAGACCGAGCUUUUUUUUAUUGGACUUGAGUGACAACAACCUUGAAGGAACUCUCCCUCAGAGGUUAGCUCAAAGAGAUCUUUCAUGUUUGCUCUUAUCAAAUAACAAGAUUUCAGGUUCUCUGCUACCUCACAUAUUUCAAUAUCAGUCUUUAUAUGUCCUCAUACUUUCAAAUAAUAACUUGUUAGGAUUAUUGCCAGAUACUAUAGGUCAAGCCACUGAAAUGAGGAUACUCAUGUUGUCAGGUAACAAUUUCUUUGGACCAAUUCCUACAUCCAUCUCAAAUAUGCUUGAACUUGGUUUGUUGGACUUGUCAAGCAAUAGAUUUUCAGGCAAUAAAUUUCCUAUAUUUAAACCAAAUUCAUCAUUGCUUUAUAUGGAUCUUUCCUCUAAUAAACUCUGGUCAAGUUCCUAUGACUUUUCCUUUGGGCCUAAAAGUGCUUGUGUUAAGCCAAAAUGA